ACAAGACGUGCUUUCACUUUUCACUUGCCGAUCAUUCUAAGCCUUUUCUGUCCCUCUGAGUUCUCAUCCCUCCAUGGCUUCCAUUUCUCCGCUCCCUUCUCGUCACCUCUCCUUCUCCACCACCAACUUCCAUUCCCCGACUCCAUUUCUCAAACCUCAUUCCUCUGCUGCUUCUCCUUCUCCAUCAUCCCAUUCCCACACCAUCUGCCACUCUCACAACCCUGAUUCUCCUCCGUCCGAACCUUCCCUUCCCUGGGGAUGGAGCUCUGCGCUUCAGGGCCUUUUUCAAACCGCCAUCGAACGCUUCGAUUCUCUCGUGACUCACCGUAGCGAUGGUUCUAUCGAUCCUCGUUCCGACGGUCGCGUUCUGCAGGGGCGGCGUAAAGAUGGGGAUGACGAUUAUGGGAGCUGGGAUUGGGAUCGGUGGCGCAAGCAUUUUGACGAGGUGGAUGAACAGGAGCAUCUCGUUUCUUUUCUUAAGUCGCGCUUAAGUCAUGCGGUAUAUGCAGAGGAUUAUGAGGAUGCUGCAAGGCUCAAGGUGGCGCUUGCGGCUUUGGCUACAAAGGAUACUGUUGGCAGAGCAAUGUCUCAUCUUCAUAGAGCUAUAGAGGAGGAGCGUUACCGGGAUGCAGCCUUCAUUCGAGACAAUGCUGGUGCCGGACUGGUUGGCUGGUGGUCUGGCACUUCAAAAGACGAUCAUAAUCCUCGUGGUCUAAUUAUUCGAAUAACAGCAGAACAUGGAAGAUACAUAGCUAGAAGUUAUAGUUCUCGGCAGCUUGCUACGGCUGCAGAUGGUGUUCCCUUGUUUGAGAUUUUUCUUGGAAUGAAUAAGAAGGGUGAAUACAAACAGCAGGCUGUGUACUUGAAGCGGAAAGGAGAUUUCUCAAAUAGUUCAAAUGGUUCAUCAAAAGAAUUAGAUUCACCUAGUCUAUUGAAUCCUUUUGACCCUGUUGAAGAAAAGGAUGAUAUUUUCAUUAUAGACGGUGAAGAAGCUGAAGAUGGUGACAUCAGAAAUGAAGAUUCUGACAUAGCUGUUGGACUUCCGGUCUUUCAGGAUAUCUUGAGAGAUAUGAUUCCUGGAGGGAAGGUCAAGGUUUUGAAGCUAACAACCUCUGGAAAGGUUGACAAAGACGUGAUAUCUAAGGUGAUUGAGCAAAUAAUUGAGGAGGAAGAAGAUGAAGAAGAGGAAGAUGAUGAAGAAGAGGAAGAGGAAGACGAUGGAGAAAGUGAGAAAGAGAGCGGCUUUGAAGAUUUGGAAGUAGAAGACAAAAUUAAGGAUGAACGUCAAGAGAAUGCUGAAUUGAUUGCUGAUGAUGGUUUCCUUGAAAAUCAGGGGCAAAAUGAAGUUGCUGUCAAAAUCAUUGUAGGUGGCUUAGCGCAGAAGCUUUCCGGUGGGUUUUCGGCUAAAAAUAUACUCAGAGUACCUGCAAAGUUAGAAAAGAAGGGACGUUCUUCAUUUUCUUUCUCGAUUGUGAAAGAUUCAAAUGAACAGGACUCUAUCGGAAAAGAACUAAAUUCCAUGGAUAGGAUGUCCAAGUCUCGAGGUCGAAGUAGUAAUGACUAUGUUAUGCUAGAUUUGGCCAAACUUAUUGGCAAGGAGAAGAUACCGCUUAAGGUACUUAAAAAUUUGAGUGAGUUAAUAAAGCUAUCCAUCAGCCAAGCACAGAACUGUCAACCUCUUUCUGGAUCCACAAGUUUCAAUCGCAUUGAUAUACCGACUACUUCAGAUCCUCUGAAUGGACUGUAUAUUGGUGCACAUGGAAUGUAUACAUCGGAUAUUAUUCAUCUAAGACGCAGAUUUGGUCGAUGGCAAGAGGAUGGAGGAGGGGAUAAGGAGCCUUCAAAGCUUGAAUUCUAUGAAUAUGUAGAGGCCUGGAAAGUUAUUGGGGAUCCAUAUGUACCAGCUGGCAAGGUGGCAUUUCGUGCGAAGGUUGGAAAAAAAUACCAGCUUCCUCAUAAAGGGAUCAUUCCAGAAGAAUUUGGAGUGAUUGCUAGAUAUAAAGGACAGGGGAGGCUAGCUGAGCCAGGUUUUCGCAACCCUCGAUGGGUUGAUGGUGAACUUGUUAUUCUUGAUGGAAAGCACAUCAAAGGAGGACCUGCGGUCGGAUUUAUUUAUUGGGCUCCUGAAUUUCAGUUCCUGGUGUUUUUUAAUCGACUGAGGCUGCAAGAGUAGAUUUCAUGUUAUUUUAAACUGAAAUCUCAAGCUUGUUCUUUCAUUAGUGCUUCGGUCGUUCUUCAACGAGGCUUGAGCAUACGUUGUCCGGUCGUAGGCGACGCAAAUUUGAAUUGGCUUGACUCACUCAAUGUUGGGAGUAAGUGUCGCGCAAUCACAAAAUUCGCUACUAAGAAAAGUGUGAUUGUGGCAAGUGGUAUCAGUGUCUUGUUAGCUCUUUGAUGCAUUGAGACCGAAACAAUGUCGACAACAAAAUCAGCACCUAAAUCACAAGUGGACCGGCUUACCUUGAUAGAAGAAGACAUGUGUUUUUAAAAGAAAUCCAUGACACUGUCAGUUUCUUGGAAAGACGAGUGACAAAAUUGAAUAAAAAAGUUGAGGAAAUCGAUACAAUCGAUGCCCGCCUGGAUGGGUUGUCGAUGAAAGAAUUGAUGUUUAGAGUUAACUCAUUAGAGGAAAGAGUUGCCCGAACGAGCAACUCAGAACAUGUUAAUGGUCUUGACAACUUUGUUGCACACAUGGAAGGAUGUGUCAAAGAGCUAGGCGGUUUACAAAAGACCAUGCGGAAGUUGUUCAAUGAUUUAGCUGAUGAAUUCAGAACAACAAUUGAUGGUAUCAGGGGGGAGAUGUCCGAAUCAAACGCCCGAGUGAGUUUGACAAUGAGGGAUGUAGAGAAUCACACCCCAAGCUAAGCUUAUUUUGGGCUUAACAAACCGAAGAACCCUAAACCCAAAGUCGAGGAAUUGGAGAACUUUAUCUUUGAUGUAGAACAAUACUUUAAAGCUACAGAAACUUGUUCCAAAGACUUGAAAGUUACGUUAGUCACCAUGCAAUUUGUGGACAAUGCAAAAUUCUGGUGGCACAUGAAGGAUCGCAAGUUUAUUGCUCUGGCCCACGGUUGCAAUCCUUCGACAAAGCAGAUUUUUUUUCCUUAUCCAACAUAUUCCGAUGUCUAAAAUCAAAACUGAGAACUAUUUAACAUAGUCUCUUAUGCCUCCCGUGUGUCUCAAUUCUUGUAGUUUCUGCCCUAUUAUAAAUUCAACAUUUUCGAGGAAGAAUUGAGUCCUCAACUAUUUCUUGAGGUUUUCUCAUGAGUCGAUGGUGCAUGACCCAUUUUGGAUAUCGUUCACCCUCGAGUACCACCAGAGUUUUACAUCGUCCACAAGAUGCAUUGUGGCUAACGUAAUUUUUAGGUUUUCGGAACAAGUUUCAGUAGCCAAGUCUUUGAUUGGCAAUUCCCUUCGAGUAAGUCUUUCCUCUAAUGAGUCAACUCUAAACAUCAAUUCUUUGAUCAGCAACCCAUCCAGGCGGGUGUCGAUUCCCUUAACUUUUUUAUUCAAUUUUGUAACUCAUCCUUACAAGAAACGGUCAAUGUCGUGGACUUCUUUUAGAAACAACAUUUACUGUUCUAUAAAGUUAAGUCGGUCGGCUUUUGAUUUAGGUGUCGAUUUUGUCGUCAACAUUGUUUUGGUUUCAAUGUGUCAACGAGCUAAAAAUGCUCUGAUACCACUUGUCACAAUCGCACUUUUCUUGGCAGCGGAUGUGCGACACUCACUCUCCCAACACCAAGUGAAUCAAGCCAAUUCGAAUUUACAUAGCCUACGGCCGGGCAACGUAUGCUCAAGCCUCUGAUCCCAUUUUAAGAAGAUUUUAAAAAUCAGGGGAAACAUAUUUUUGAAUUCGAAUUUGCAUAGCCUACGGCCGGGCAACGUAUGCUCAAGCCUCUGGCCCUGUUUUAAGAAGAAGAUUUUAGAAAACGGGGGAAAUAUAUUUUUGAAGUAAGAUUGAAAGCAAUCUUAUAGACUAUAAGCGAGAAAGACAACAUAACGGCUUAGAUAGCAUAUAACACUAGAUAGGGAGAAUUGACGACUAGUUGCAUCCCCUUAUAGUACAUUUUAGACUAUUUAGGUCUAGCGGACCUAGAUAUGAUUUUACCGAAGAGUGAUACAAUAAAAAAAAAUACAAUAGUAAGACAAUACAACAUGGAAUCAAAUAAAGGGUUUGAUAUGACAUGGACAUGCGGUCAUGGACAACACGCCCUGGACGAGCAUGACCAUGACAAUAUGCACACGAAUGGGCAGCACACUCGCAACGUGUUUUAGUCAUCGCACAUUGCAAGGGUACAUGUGUGCCCACAAGCAUCCUGCCCAAGGCUGAUUCAAGGUCUCUUGGAAAGGUGUCCGGACAAGCUGGGACAACAUACUUGGCCCUUACACGACAUGCAAGAAGGGGCAUCAUUUGCCAAACACACUCGUUAGCCUAAGAGAAAUCUCCUUUGAAUAAAUUGCAACAGUGCCAGAGGAUUUAAAGCCCUCAUUUAAAGAUCAGUAGUAUACGAGCAAGCUAAGCGAGCCAUCUGUUAUCAACUGACUCAUCACUCACAAGUACACUGGCCUCACUAACUUGAUCACCAAACCUUUGUCAACGCUCACUCUUGGGUCUCAAAAUUACUUCCUUUUCUGGGAAAUUCUUUCUAUCCUUGCAUAUAUUAAUCUGUUCUUUUGCUUAAUCAACUCUUAAACAUCAAGUUUUGUGGUGAUUAUAUAAACAGUGAUGUAGCUUUGAUGCUGUUAAUAUCUUGUUGCUUUAGUUGUGUACUUAUUUCUGAUUGUAGUAGGUUGAGGCAUCGUUUGUAAGUCGGUUUGGAGUCUCGAACAAGAACACCAUUAGACUCAUUUGUUAAUAUCAUGAAAAGUUUAGUACUUUUAUGAA